AUGGGUGGUUGGUCGUACCGGAAAGUAUCGUUGAUCUUUCCCCUUCCACCGCAGCACUUGCAACAACAACAACCCCUACUGCUGCUGCAGCUGCACAACAAGCACACGUACAGGCACCUCCACGUCUCACACACACGUCCUCUCCUUCUCCGUGGCUGGCCGUCUUCGCGUCGACGACUGCUACAAUCACCAUCACCACAAUCAUCACCACAAUCAUCACCACAAUCAUCACCAUCACCAUCACCAUCACCAUCACCAUCACCAUCAUCACUGUCAUCACGGCCAUCAUCAUCCACGGACACUGCUACUGCUGCUGCUACACAACUCCUCUUCUCCUCCCAUCUCCACUCUGCCACAACACCCACACCCACACUCACAACCAUCACAGACAUCACCAGCAUCACAAACAUCACCUCUACAUCUACCACUACCACACCCACAGCAAUCACAAUCUCUGCUGCACCCACCCAGGGCCCAUCACCACCACCACCACCACCAUUCCCCCCCCCAAUCCCCUUCCUCACAACCAUGUUCACCCCCAGAGGCCCACCGCCAAAACCUACGCCCCCAUCCCCACCGAAAAACACCCAAUCCUCCCUCGCCUACGCGUUCUCCAAAGUCCCGCAAACCUCCAAAGCCCCCAGCACCACCCGCCGCCACGCCCCCCCACCCACCUCACGAGCCACCGCCUCCCAUGGCCCCUCCCUCACCACCGUCCUGCAAAAGACCGCCGCCGCCACAAACGUUGUCCGCCCCAAGCCUCGGGAACGGGAACGGGUCAUCAAGGCCUUCGAAUGCGCCUCCUCCUUCGACGACGGCCCUCCCCCCCCCUCCUCCUCCUCCGCCACCAACAACAACACAUCCCCAAAGAUCAAGUCCCAGCUAACAGCACUGCACGAGGCCGUCUUCUUCGACGAGGGCGAUUUCGAUGACGACCAGGACCUCAAUUUCGAUGACACCAUCGUCUUCGCUGACGAAGCCGACGCCGAGGAGACCCCCGCUGCAUACUCGGCCUCGCCGGCAAGCUUUGGCGUCCCCACGCCGCCACCGCCGAAGAGUUUCUUGCCGCCGAGUUUGACACGGAGGAGGAGCCCCCCCACGCCGAUCAAGAGGGAGUAUAGCAGCAUUGAUGAGGAGGAGGACGUGGUGAUCAAGAUCGAGUCGUCGCAGCCGCAGCUGCCGGGUAGCUCAGUGCCAUUUCCGUGGUCUUCGUCGCCCGUGGAGCAUUUUGCUCCGCCGGUGCCGAUGCCGGUGACGCAGCAGCCGGCGAGGGGGCAGAGGCAGCAGCAACCGGUGCCGCCGCCGCCGCAGACAAUGGCAACGACGACGACGACGACGAAAACGACGGCGUCGAGGCAGAUGGAGGUGAUUGAUUUGAUGGAGAACGAUGAGCCGGAGGUGCCGAAGAAGAAGCGGAAGAUCCCGUGGGCCAAGGACGGGGAUGCGGCGGUUGCGGCGGUUGCCGCGCCUCCAUCACGUACAGGCAGGACACGGGCCGAACGGACCCCGGUGCGGCACGAGGCGCCGAAGCUGCCGUGGGAGAUGACGGCGAGCGACUUUAAGCGGGCGUCGCGGAAGGGUGUGGAGCAGCAGCAGCGGCGAGGGCUGAGUACGCGGGCUGCAAAGGAGGAGGCGGCGGCGGCGCUAGGCGGGGGGGGGAAGAAGGAGAUGCGGCAGAAGAAGCUGACGCUGAGUACCGAGCAGAUGCAUGUGCUGGACUUGGUGCUUGAGUCGGGGAAGAGUGUGUUUUUUACGGGAUCUGCGGGUACCGGCAAAUCCGUUCUAAUGCGCGAAGUCAUCACCGCCCUCCGGCGCAAAUACACCGAACACGACCACGUCGCUGUCACCGCAUCCACCGGCCUCGCCGCCUGCAACGUCGGUGGCGUGACGCUGCACUCCUUCGCCGGCAUCGGGCUCGGCAAGGAGCCCGUGCCCGACCUCGUCAAGAAGAUCAAGCGCAACGCCAAAGCCAGGACACGCUGGCUGCGCACCAAGGUUCUCGUCAUCGACGAGAUCUCUAUGGUCGACGGCGACCUGUUUGACAAGCUCGAGGCCAUCGCACGCAUAAUCCGUAACAAUGGCCGCGCCUUUGGCGACAUCCAGUUGGUGGUUACGGGCGACUUUUUUCAGCUCCCGCCCGUGCCGGAUUAUGGCAAGGUGGCGAGAUUUGCGUUUGAUGCGAAUACGUGGUGUACGGCGAUUGAGCAUACCAUUGGCUUGACGCAGGUCUUUAGGCAGCGGGAUCCUGAAUUCGCCGCCAUCUUGAACGAAAUGCGCCUGGGGAGACUGUCCGCCGCCUCGAUCGCCGUGUUCCGCCGCCUCUCCCGCCCGCUCAAAUAUGACGACGGCAUCCAGGCCACCGAGCUCUUCCCCACGCGGCAAGAAGUCGACGCCGCAAACAACAGCAAGAUGCGCCAGCUCUCCGGCAGCGAGCGCAAAUUCACCGCCACCGAUGGCGGCAGCAUCAGGGACGUUGAUCACCGCACCAAGCUGCUGUCCACCUGCAUGGCGCCCCAGGUCAUCUGCCUCAAGGAGAACUCGCAGGUCAUGCUCAUCAAGAACAUCGACGACACCCUCGUCAACGGCUCUCUCGGCCGCGUCGUCGGCUUCAUGUCGGAGAAGACAUUCGACAUGGCACACGACGACCCGGACUCCCUCACCCUCGAGACCCGCGCCAGCCACAACUCCAUCACCAAGAUCCUCAGCACCGACGACGCCGCCACCGACAACUGGCCACUCGUUGAAUUCGCGCUCCCCGACGGGACCUCCCGACAACUCCUCGUGCAGCCGGAGACAUGGAAAGUCGAGCUUCCGUCCGGCGAGGUGCAAGCGAGCAGGACACAGGUGCCGCUGAUCCUGGCGUGGGCGCUGUCGAUCCACAAGGCGCAGGGGCAGACGCUGGAGCGCGUCAAGGUGGACCUGGGACGGGUGUUUGAGAAGGGGCAGGCGUAUGUUGCGCUGUCGCGCGCGACGUGUCAGGAGGGGUUGGAGGUGCUGAGGUUCGAUGCGGCGAAGGUCAUGGCGCAUGAGAAGGUGAGGGAGUUUUAUAAGAGCUUGUAUUCGGCGGCGGAGGCGAAGGCGCGGAGGGCGGAUGUGGGGAGGAGGAAGGUGCUGGAGGAGGAGGGGGGGGAUGUGGAUGGGGAGGAGGCGAUGAGGCAGGGGACGGGGAUGGGGUGA